AUGGAGGCAGGAUCGAGUGGCUUCUUAGCCAUGGCUCCACCAAUGUUUGAUGGAGAAAACUAUCAAGCCGGGGCUGUGAGGAUGAAAGCUUAUUUGGAGGGUUGUGACUUGUGGGAAGCUGUGGAACAAGACUAUGAUGUUGCUCCUCUUCCUGACAAUCCAAUCAUGAACCAGAUCAAGUAUCACAAGGAAAGGAUAACGAGGAAAGCAAAGGCCAAUUCCUAUAUGAUCAAAAGCAUGAAAGUGCUGAAUCUGAUAAAAGAGUCAGAGACCAUCAGAGAGUAUUCUGACAGAUUGAUUGGCAUUGCAGACAAGAAGAUCCUUGUCUCACUGCCUGAAAGGUUUAAGGCGACCAUUGCCUCUUUGGAGAACGCCAAAGAUCUGUCAACCAUUAGGCCAGCAGAGUUGCUUAGGGCUUUGCAUGCACAAGAGCAAAGGAGAAUGAUGAGACAAGAAGGAAGUGUAGAACUAGCUUUGCAGGCCAAAGACCAAAGGUAUCACAAGCUGGGACUUGCUGAAGCCAUUUGCAGGGAGAAGAACACUCAGCAUCAAGGUGAGGCACAAACUGCAACCCAACAAGAGGUAGACCAAUUGUUUGUUGCUUCCUAUUUCACCUCUUGUGCUUCAAGUGAUAGUUGUCUUGUUGAUAGUGGUUGUCCAAACCACAUAACAAGUGAUGAGAAGUUGUUUAGGGACCUUGAUAGGUUAGUAACAGGAAGAGUCAGAAUUGAAGAUGGAUGGUAUAUCUCUACGAAAAGGAAAUGGAUAGUAGUCAUUGAGAGCUACACGAAUUUCAAGGUGAUCGUUGAGGAGAGAAAGUGUUUGAUUAUUGAUUCAAGUAGUCAAGAGUCAUUCAAAAUUAAGAUGCAUGGUAAAAGCUUCUUUUUGAAUCCACUGGAGAUUAAGCCUGAUGAGCUGGUGGAUGAUCAACUAGUCAGAGGGACAUGGUCACUUGUAGACACAGACCAGAGAUGCAAUGUGACUAUUUUGGAAGCUAUAGGAUAUAAAGAAGCUCAGGGAGAUCAACGAUGGAUGGAUGCAAUGAAAGAGGAGCUAUCCAUGAUUGAGAAGAACCAACUUGGGAGAUGGUGGAAAAGUCUCAAGGCAGGAAGGCAAUCGGAGUCAAGUGGGACUUUAGGACAAAACUAA